AUGAUAUCAGUGGCUAGAAAGGUUGGAGAUUGCCCUUUGGCAUUGUACAUCUUCACCAGGGAAAAGGAGGAGGAAGAGAAAAUCCUGAAAAACAUUAGGUCUGGUGGAGCGACUGUGAAUGACGUACUUUUCCAUGCGGCAAUUCCAUCAGUUCCAUUUGGGGGGGUGGGAGAGUCCGGUACCGGGUCCUACAGAGGGAAAGCCUCUUUUGAUGCGUUCGUUCACAGACGACCCGUGGUGAAUCAGCCGUUGUGGAUGGAGGGUCAACUUCGCAUGCGGUACCCACCAUUUACGCCAACGAAAUUCGACUUGAUGAGGAAGGCCGGCGGUACCGUCAAACCCAAUUUUGAUAGAGAUGGAAAACUUCUACGCAGGUCUCUGGUUUCCUGGAUCCUUCUACUCGUACUAGGAGCCUACAGUAGGAAGAGAGCCAUAUUUAGGUAUCUACUAUUGAUGAUCGGAGCUGCGUUGGUGAAAACUUUUCUGUCCGCCAAGAGCCAGCUUGACACCUCCCUGAAUCUCACGAUGCUUUUCGCCAUACUCUAGAGGAAGGGCCACACGAAAAACGGCUCGGUGAACUAUUUGAGUAGCAAGCUGUUGCGCCAGUGAUUUAUUACAUGACCUUUGUAUUUGUUACUGUUUGAAGUCUUUUCUUUCUUUUUUUCCCAUCUGGAAAGGUUCUGCGGGCCAUACGCCUCUUUCUUCUUCUUUUGUGUUCCCCUUUCCCUUUCCUAGGGCACGGUUUUACAGGGUUCGAUGGGAAGACGAUGUUCAAUGAAAUACCAGAAGGCUACAAGAGCCUCUCUUGUGGUUGUCGGUGACAAAAAAGAAAUGAAACGCACAAAAAUACAUUGCCCGCUUCUUUCGCAUGAUAAGCCCUGCCCGGAUUGCUUGUUCGUAUCGCUUUUUUGUUUCCAGUUGGUUUCCCUGGUUAUCCCUUGCCAGCUCCCGGAUCAUAAGCAGACGGCAACGGUGUCCGCUUGGAAUGAAAUUUUUCUCGGCUCCUUGAUGAAAGCAGAGAAACAGCUACCAGUUGAAACGGAGAUCACAGAUCUCACUCACCUCUUCAACAAACUUGAACAAAGGGAGCGUGAAAAAAGCUGAAAGAGAAGCCGUCUUGGAAGAGAGCUCCAUGGAAAUAUUUCAGGCCGACACCAACAAAUCCCUUCGCGGAAGUCCGAACCUCGGCAGGUCCCUACCGUUUUAGGCACCUGACUAGCAUCAUUUCCUUUUUUCUUUUUCAAGAAAUUUUUUUUUCCCCACAUUUUAGAAAAUAUUUUGGAAGGAAAAAAAAUUUCGCCAUCGAUCCCAGGAAUGAAAGCUUGGCGGUACCUUGCAGCUUGGGGCAACUGUGUGCGAUGCGCGUUGCCUCGUGGGUCGAUUUGUGCCCUCCUACUCGAGUACCUUAUUCAUAGAAUCAUGAAAUAGUGGAGGAGGCCUCCUCCUGCAGCUAGCCUACUCGAGUAGUCUACCGUGACUCAAGCUUGAGGGUGGGAGGUCUCUCAGCUCUCUGCCCGCACCUCUGGUAGCCACGAAUGGCAAACGCUGCUCGGGAGCUGGAUCGGGGCGGGGGAGCACCGGUAGUCUAAGGUAUCAUACCAGGGCAGCUGGGAGGAAGAAUGAGAAGGUUUUGGGAGGGAUGAGAGAUUCUCAGCAUAUCAUACCAAGAGGACACAGACAACCAAUAGUGCCAUGCUGCAAGAAAUUUUCCUUCUCUCCCAAUAGGGAGCUUG